CCUGAUCAAAACACGGUAGUAGGGUUUUUGAAUGCUCCUGAAACAUCCAUGGAGAAAACCUGCAAGAAAAAUCAACCAAACCUCCACUUUUUAAGGAUUUAUGAACCUUUUUCCAGUUGUUUUAUCGUUUCUUCAUGACGUUUGAAUCGGGAUCCUUGUUCCAUUAAGGCACCCCCCUCCCUCCGGAGCUGCAGGUGAUGGAGAAGGUGUUUCGCUGUGCGGGUCGUCACGGAUAUGCUGUGGAGGUCUCCCCGUUCCUCCCCCGCAGGGUGGCCUGCGCCGCCGCUCAGCACUACGGCAUCGCUGGCUGCGGCACCCUGCUGGUUCUGGAGGAGACGGAGACGGGGGUGGCUUUAGUGAGAAGCUGGCAGUGGGGGGAUGGCCUGUUCGACGUGGCGUGGAGCGAGGCUAACGAGCAUGUGUUGGUCGCCGGGGGCGGGGACGGCAGCCUGCAGCUGUGGGACACGGCCAAUCACAGCGCUCCGCUGCGGGCGGCCAAAGAACACACACAGGAGGUGUAUUCUGUGGACUGGAGUCAGACCAGAGGAGAGAACCUCAUCGUCUCCGGCUCCUGGGAUCAAACGGCUAAAGUGUGGGACCCGUCUCUCAGCCAAUCCCUGUCCACGCUCAGGGGUCACGAAGGGGUCAUCUACAGCACCGUCUGGUCGCCACACAUCCCGGGGUGCUUUGCGUCCGCCUCAGGAGACGGGACGCUCAGAAUUUGGGACGUAAAGAGUGCUGCGUGCCGAUUGGCCGUCCCAGCGCACAAGGCAGAAAUCCUGAGCUGUGAUUGGUGCAAAUAUGACCAGAAUAUCAUGGCCACAGGCUCGGUGGACUGCAGUGUGUGUGUGUGGGACCUGAGGAACGUACGACAGCCUGUCAAUCAACUGCUGGGACACACCUACGCCAUCCGCAGAGUCAAGUUCUCUCCGUUCAGUAAGACGGUGUUGGCGUCCUGCUCUUACGACUUCACUGUCCGGUUCUGGGACUUCAGUAUGAACCCUCCUCUCCUGGAGACUGUGGAGCAUCACUCAGAGUUUGUGUGUGGACUGGACUUCAACCUGCAUAUCCCCAACCAGGCGGUGUGUCCCUCUCUUAUGGACCCUCCCCCUCGAGAUGGAAAUGUGAUGAAGAUUAAAUCAAACGGAGAUAAGUGGUGGACUGUUCCUGGGAUGAGACGGUGAAGAUCUAUACACCUGCCUGUCUGUCUGCAGGAACACACAGUACAGCACGUUAGAACACACACACACACACACACACACACACACACACACACACACACACACACACACACACACACACACACACACACACACACACACACACACACGGAUGUAAAGUGGAAUAGGUUGUUUUAUCGACCCUAAACCCAAGCUGAGAUGCACUGACACACAUUUGCUUUCAUUCUCUAAGAAAUCAUUUAUUCAUUUGACUGUAAAGAAUGCUAAAGACCUUGAUGUUAGCAGUGUGGUAGACGUGCUAGUUCUUUAAAAUCAGUAACGUAAUCAUAACAAUUACAAGUGCAAAGGAACAACUGUCCAUCACAACUCCAACAGCGGUUAAAAGGUAAUUACCCUCCAACACUGUAGGGGGCGCUAAAUACAAAUACAUUAUUAUGUUGAUUUAAACUAUAGUUUUAUAUUUUCUAAUAUUAACCUGACCGAAUUUCCUCAUUGCUUUUAUUCCUAAGCAUUUUUAUUCAGCACUUACUGCUGCCACGCUAAUCCACCCAUACACACAUACAAUCCGGGGACCACUGACAAAACGAUACCUUUCUACCUGACUAAUCCCUGUGUUUCUUUCUUAUAUCUGACCUUAACUAGUCCUAAUAAGAACUUAUACACCAAAUCUUAACCCUAAAAUGUCUUCUUGCUGUCCCCAUAAGGAAGUCCCCUGUAGUAGUCCCCUUAAAGCCAUGAAAACGAACACACACACACAUCAUCUGUAGGCGGUAUGCACUUUCACUUAAUUCCCAGAUGAUUCAAAAUGACUUUCCUGUGAAUGAAUUGUGUCUUUAUGAUCCGUAACAUCCUUGUGGUUACCUGCCUCUGUUUUAUCUCACGGAUUCUCUGUUUGACUGGAGAAGACUAAAUGUAAACUGUGACUAACUUCCCCGCUGAAAUGCCAUCAGUGCAGAUGUGUUUGUGGAUGAUGAUCUGUACGUGCAGUGCCUUCAAUAAAAAUGCAAAUAUGA